AUGGGGUCAAGAAACAGGGUCGUUUUGUUCAGAGAUUUCUUCCCUGCAAUGGUGGAGAAACUUGGAGUAAAAGGGUUUAUGGAGGAACUGAGAUAUGGGUUUCGUUUGCUUAUGGAUAAAGAAAAAGGGGUUAUAACGGCAGAGAGCUUAAGAACAAAGAUGGGGUUUUUGGGAUUGGAGGAAGAAGAAGCUAUGGGGAUGGUGAGCGAAGGAGAUUUGGAUGGAGAUGGUGCAUUGAGUGAAGCUGAAUUUUUUAUUGCUGUUGAGUUUCUUAAUUCCUCCAACGAUUUGGAAAUGGGUAUAUCUCAAUAG